AUCUGUUAUUACCCCUUUUUGCAUUCCUGCUUUAAACAGAUAACAUUACCCGUUGGGGUUCUUAAUGAGCUUCUGUAUGGAAGAGCUGGAUACCUGUGGGCUUGUUCUUUCCUUAACAAGCACAUUGGAGAGGGGACAAUCCCUUCCACCUAUACAGAUUCAAUAGUAAAGGAAGUGAUUAGAGAUGGAAGGAAGUUAUCUAAUAAAGGAAGCUGCCCUCUGAUGUACGAAUGGCAUGGCAAGAAAUACUGGGGAGCAGCUCAUGGUCUAGCAGGAAUCAUGCAUGUUCUGAUGGAUAUGGAACUGAAAGCCGAAGAGAUAGAAUAUGUUAAAGGCACCCUCCUCUACAUGAUCAAGAAUCGUUUUCCAAGUGGCAACUACCCCUCCAGUGAGAAUUCUGAGACCGACAGACUUGUUCAUUGGUGUCAUGGCGCCCCUGGAAUCACCCUGACCCUAGUAAAAGCUGCUCAGGUGUUUGGUGAUGAGAGGUUUUUCCAAGCAGCUGUGGAUGCCGCAGAGGUUGUGUGGAAUAGAGGUCUCUUGAGGAGAGUUGGGAUUUGCCAUGGAAUUAGUGGCAAUGCUUAUGUGUUUCUGUCAUUGUUUAGGUUGACGGGCAAUGCUGAGUACCUGUACCGUGCGAAAGCAUUUGCUUGCUUCCUUCUUGACAGAGCUCACCAGCUGGUUUCAACAGGUCAGAUGCAUGGUGGUGAUAAUCCCUUGUCAUUGUUUGAAGGGCAGCGUGGCAUGGCCUAUCUCUUUCUCGACAUGACCAGCCCCACUGAGUCAAGGUUUCCUGCUUAUGAGCUUUGAAUCUCUCUCAUUGAAGUAUAAGAUUUCGUUUGGGACAGGUUUCUUACUGCUUCUUAAAGCACUUUUUUAGUAUAAAAAUUUUAAUUAGAAAGCUACUUUAAGAAGCAAUAAGAAAAUUGUCCUAAACGAAGCCUUAAUGUAACACUGCAUGAAGGUUUGGCUUACUGUUGUUCAGUUAGGGUUUAGCUUUGCCGUUCCUGUAAGCUUCUGCUAUGGUCUGAAUUAAAACUAAACUAACCCAAUGGUAGCUAAAUUUCUAAGAACUUAGUUUAUUUUGAUCUUCUGCAAUGA